AUGAAGAAUUUAACGGAUGGUCUGGAUGCCAUCGGGCACCCACCAGCGGCUGGUGCAAGAAGUGAAGCCCCUGCACGUGGAGCUGCACUUUUGUGGCAGCCCCCAGCGGUUACGAAGCCAGGCCCGGGGCGAAAUACAGUGAAGUUCAGUGUACGGGAUUCCCGCGACAUUGUCGUUUGGAUGUUCAUAAUUUCUGAGACAACUGACGUGAUCGCGCUCGAUCGAGAAGCAGGAUGCUGCUGA